GUGGGAAGCACCCACUUGCGCUGUUUUUUCCGGGAGGCGGGGCUGCAGCUACGUUGGGUGGAGCCUGUGAGGAGUGGCAGACGCUCCGCCUCCGCGGGUAUUGCUAGUUUCUUUUUUGAUCGUGGGGCCCAAGUCCAGUCUCUGUUACCUGGGGAAUAUCGGUCCGCACUUGUGAAGGAGUUUAGCCUUUCUGCUGUGUUGGUUCUUGGAACACGAGCAUAGUCGAUGGUACUAAGCUGAUGUUCAUAAAUAGGGUUGUUGUCAAGAUGGAGUGCCUAACCCAGUAAUCCAAGGAUCAGGCCCUGAGUCCACAAAGCAUGAUCUCCUUCUGUCCACUCUGUGGCAAAAGUGUCAAAGUAUCAUUCAAGUUCUGCCCUUACUGUGGCGAGGCCCUGCCUGUAGAGGAGGAUGGAGGCACCCAGACUGGCAUUACGCCUCUCGUGUCACCCUUUCGAGGCUCCAAGAGAGACCUGAACUCCAGUUCUGAAACCUCCCCCAAGAAAGUGAAGUGGUCACGCACUGUCACUUCUCUCCCGCUCUCCCUCCACUCUGACUAUGACAGUUCUGGAUCUGAUGACACCUUGAGUUCUCCUGACAGAGCCACAGGCACCCGGAGCAGAUCCCAGACCCCUAAAGGCAGCCCACUUGCCAACAGGCUGAGCCCUCGGACACUGAAGCGGAGCCGGGUGACCACCUCACUCCAGGCUCUGCCCACAGGGACAGAGCUGACAGACCAGAAUGGGAAGCACUGGACACUGGGGACCCUGCAGACCCGGGAUGACCAAGGCAUUCUCUAUGCAGCUGAGCCUACUUCUGCCAUCUCCAGUGACUCAAGGACCCAGAAGUGGAGAUUCUCCCUCAAACUGGACUCCAAAGACGGGCGCCUUUUCAAUGAGCAAAACUUCUUUCAGAGAGCAGCCAAGCCUCUGCAAGUGAACAAGUGGAAGAAGCGGUGCUCGGCCCCGCUCCUGGCCAUCCCCACCUGCAUCGGCUUUGGCGUUCACCAGGACAAGUACAGGUUCCUAGUGUUCCCCAGCCUGGGGAGGAGCCUUCAGUCAGCCCUGGACGACAACCCGAAGCAUGUGGUAUCCGAGAGAUGUAUGCUGCAGGUGGCCUGCAGGCUGCUGGAUGCUCUGGAGUAUCUCCAUGAACACGAGUAUGUUCACGGGAACCUGACCACUGAGAAUGUCUUUGUGAAUCCAGAGGACCUGAGCCAGGUGACCCUGGUGGGCUAUGGCUUCACCUACCGAUACUGCCCAGGUGGCAAGCACGUGGCCUAUAAAGAAGGCAGCAGGAGUCUACACGAUGGGGACCUGGAGUUCAUUAGCAUGGACGUGCACAAGGGAUGCGGGCCCUCCCGCCGCAGCGAUCUCCAGACCUUGGGCUACUGUAUGCUCAAGUGGCUUUAUGGGUCCCUGCCAUGGACAAACUGCCUUCCCAACACUGAAGAGAUAACUAAGCAGAAGCAGAAGUAUCAGGACAACCCUGAGCCCCUGGUGGGACUGUGUGGCCGCUGGAACAAGACCUCAGUAACAGGGUUACAACCACAUACACAAUUCUUGAGUUGUUUGGAGCUGGGAAUGGAUUCCAGGGCUGGUGCGUGCCAGAGUCUCCUACACCAACCUAGACUGGCUUCACACUUGCUGUGCUGGGAUCACAGGCAAGCACCAUGCCUACAUACACAUACUUUUUUUUUUUUUUAGCUUUUAUUUAUUUUUAUUUUGUAUGUGUAUGUGUGUGUCCCAGCAUGAGUAUGGAGGUAAGAAGACAACUUCAGUGGGGAUCUCCUUGUAGGUUUUCCUUGCAGGAAUCUGUUGGGAAGCAGUACAGGGUGAGAAGAGGAUGAGGGUUGGUGAUUGGCUGGCCGGUGAGCACUCUGGUGUUUACCAUUCUGCCGCCGCUCCACUGAUGCUUCCCACAUACAGCGGCGGAUGCAAGGACGUCACGUGGUGCUGGGCACAGGCUGCAAGCACCACCUCUUGGGCCUCACCUUUGCUUCUGGGUGUCUUGA